CUAUAACCCAAUAAUGGACGACUUUACAUGUCCAAGAUGCAGGACAUCAAAAUUCCAAAAUCCAUCGCUAAAAUGAUGGUAAACGUUUGUGGACAUGGCCUAUGCGAAAGUUGUGUAGACUUGCUUUUCCUGAAGGGCUCUGGGAGUUGUCCUGAAUGUAAAAUACCUCUACGAAGGAACAACUUUCGCGUACAGCUAUUCGAAGAUGCAGCAGUUGAGAAAGAAGUCGAUAUUAGGAAACGUGUGUUAAGAGAUUUCAAUAAAAAGGAGGAAGACUUUGCUACCUUAAAGGAAUAUAAUGAUUACCUAGAGGAAGUAGAGUCCAUAAUAUAUAACCUAAGCAAUAAUAUUGAUGUUGUUAACACUAACAAAAGAAUAGAACAAUACAAGAGGGACAACAAAGAGCAAAUUAUGAAAAACAAAGGCAAACUCGGCAGAGAGGAAUAUGAACUAGAGGAAUUGUUAGAAUUAGAAAAGCAGCUAGAAGAACAACGAAAAAAGAGAUCCAAAUGGAGGAGAUAGAAACAAAAAAGAAGAAGAUUCAAGAUAAAGAAGCUCUCAUAGAUGAGCUGAUGUUUUCAAAUGCAGAUGCAAAGAAUAUCAUAGAAACCUUUGCUCAACAGGCUCAGCAAGCUAAAGAAGAAAGUGUUGACAAAUUACCCAGUCGAGCUACAAAGUUUUCCACUGGUAUACAAAUUGGUCAAAGAUCAAAUACUACAUUCUUGCCAGUACCUACAGAUGAAGGACCUUUGUAUACUUAUAAACCAAUAAUACUCUCUGUGGAUGGGCCUAAGCCUCCUACAACUGAUGAAAUACUCUCUAAAGGGUUUAUUAAUCAUGUAAGGCCAGAAACUGAGCAAGGAAGGGCUGGAGGAU